AUGGAAUCGCUCGCUCUCACCCAGCUCACCACCGUCCCCUUCGGAGCUAUCUCCGCCGCUCUUCCCUCCGUUUUCGUGCUCUCCUCGCGUCUCCCGUGGCAUCGCAUGGUGACACGUGGACGACGUUCCUCCGCUCGUGCCGCCGUCAAGCACUACUCUUCCUUGUCUCCGCCGCGGCCAGCGUCGACUUUGGGACGGCCGGUGGCUGCAGCGCCUUUCUCUGGUCUGCCCUUUUCCUCCUCCGCGGCGAGGCGGUACUCUUCGUUGGUGGUUCCGAGGAGUAGCAUGCCGUUGCGUAUUCUAUCGUCAUCACCAUGGCGGCAGCUUACUCCGGCGCCGGCUGCGUCUUUCUCUGUUGACUCAUCUCGAUACAUGAGCUCUGGCUACUAUGACAACAGCAAGGACUUUAACGCUCCAAAAACACCUGUGCACUUUGGAGUCAAAAAGGUUCCGCAGGGACAGGCUUAUGUGGUAGAGCGUUUGGGAAAGUAUUCAAGAACGUUGACUCCCGGAAUAAAUUUCUUGAUUCCGAUUGUGGAUAAGAUUGCCUAUGUUCAUCUUCUCAAAGAAGUUAGCUUCGGUAUCUCGGGCCAAUCCGGUAUCACUAGAGACAAUGUCCGCAUUGAUAUGGAUGGUGUUCUUUAUUAUAAGGUGGUUGACCCUUUAAAAGCCUCGUAUGGGAUUCAUAAUCCCAAAUUGGCAAUAAUUGAGAUUGCCCAAACAACUAUGCGUAGCGAGAUUGGUAAAUUGUCAUUAGACAAACUUAAUGAAGAGACCUUGAGUGACAAAAUUGUGGUAGAGAUAAAUAAAGCUGCUAAGGAUUGGGGUCUUCAGUGUCAACGUUAUGAAAUAAAGGAUGUUAAUAUGCCCGAAGGAACGCAAUUGGCUAUGCAGAGGCAAGCAGAAGCUGAGAGAGAUAAGAGAUCGGAAAUAUUAAAGUCUGAAGGUACGCGGCAAGUAAAAAUAAAUCUUGCUGAAGGCGAAAAAGCGGAAGUCAUACUCAAAUCCGAAGCUGCAAUGCAAGAUAAGAUUAACAGAGCUAGAGGAGAAGCACAAGCAGCCCUUCUAGCUGCUGAAGCUUCAGCAAGAAGAAUCCAAAUGGAGUCAAAGGCCCUUGAGGAAAAGAAAGGGUUGGAGGCCGCAAAUUUGAAGAUUGCUGAGCAAUGGAUCAAAGCUUAUUCUAAUCUUGCAAAAGAGGCAAAUACAAUCUUGCUUCCUUCAAAUCCUUCUGAUCCUAUGUCCAUGAUAGCCCAAGCAAUGAGUGUGUAUGGCAACUUAAAUAGUUCAUCAUCGUUGCCUAAACCAUCUUUUAGCAAAGAUGCAGCAUUCCAUGAAACAUCAUCAAUUGAAGAUGUUGCAACAUUAAUAUCUGAACCAUCUGGAUCAUCUUUCGAGGAAGAUGUAGCAAUAAUCCAUGAUCCAUCAUCUUCAUCUACAUCUACAAUAUCUUUAGGAGAAGAUCAAGAUGCAGCAUGCUACACGUCGACUGAACCGUCUACAUCUUUCGAAGAUUCAGACAGUGAUUCGUACGUAGCUUAA